UGCGCAUGCCGCUUCGUGGAGCACGACAGCUGCGUGUUGUGCUCAUGGUUGAGCCGGUGAAUCUGUAGUUUUUCUGUUAACUUGUGUAGUGCUCUUUUUUUAAUUUAAUUUGCAAGAAAUUAUGCCUUCAGAAAAGAGUGCUUUGAACAAUGCGCGUAGAGAUUCUUGGGGUGUUGAGCUGGGCGAUAUGGAUAAAAGAACUCGUUUUCAAGUGAACAGAGUUGAUGGCUCUUCUUCGAAAAAUGAAGAGGGCGACGAAUAUGGUGAGAGCGACCCACUGCGUGGAGAAGGUGACGAUUCCAGAAGAGGUUCGCUUGAAAAUUAUCGGCCAACUUCACCUAACAUGCUGCUGUCUCAUACUUCUGACACAUCUGGAUACGACACGCGCUAUGCCAAAAGCUUUCGCCACUUCACGAGAGAAGCCCUGCCAAGACUUGAUAAUUACCGCAAUAUUAUGUCGAUACAGGCAGCAUACCGACCAACAUUAGAUGAACUUCACAAUGCAACGUUACAUGGACAUGGAAAGCCUUCAGCUCCACCCACCAGUCUCCCUGGCGAAAUGGAAGGGCAGGUCAAGUUCGGUUGGAUUCAAGGAGUACUGGUCCGGAAUCUCUUAAAUAUAUGGGGUGUUAUGCUCUUUUUGCGUCUCUCCUGGGUUGUUGGACAAGCGGGGAUUGGACAGGGCCUGCUGAUAAUAAUUUGUGCUAGUGUAGUAACUACACUAACAUCACUAUCUAUGUCAGCCAUUAGUACAAAUGGAAUUAUAAAAGGAGGUGGCACCUACUACAUGAUAUCACGAUCCUUGGGUCCUGAAUUUGGAGGAUCAAUAGGGUUAAUAUUCUCAUUAGCUAAUGCAGUUGCUUGUGCAAUGUAUGUUGUUGGAUUCUGUGAAUCCUUGGUUGGACUACUUAGUAUGCAUGGUGCCACUAUGGUGGAUGGCAGCCUAAAUGAUAUGCGUAUCAUUGGUGUUAUAACAAUAAUGUUACUACUCUGCAUUGUUGUGAUUGGAAUGGAAUGGGAGGCAAAGGCACAAAUGGUACUGCUUGUUAUUUUGCUGGUUGCCAUUGUCGAUUUUAUGAUAGGAACAUUUAUUGGACCACAGAACGAGGAGUCAAUUGCUAAAGGUUUUUUGGGAUAUAAUGCCUCACUGAUACAGGAGAACUUCUAUCCAGAUUAUAGAUACAGUGAAGGAAUGCAACAAAACUUUUUUUCGGUGUUUUCCGUUUUCUUCCCAGCAGCUACUGGAAUUUUGGCUGGUGCAAAUAUAUCAGGAGAUUUAAAGGACCCAGAAGGUGCAAUUCCAAAGGGAACACUUAUUUCUAUUUUAAUAACAAGUAUCUCCUAUUUGCUCAUGGCAUUUAUGGCAGGAGCCUGUGUUGCCCGUGAUGCAACAGGCAGUGUGGAAGAUUAUAUAAACGGAACAUUUUUAAAUUGUACUGGCACUAAGUGUGCUUGGGGGUUACAAAACAGUUUUACAGUGAUGGAACUGGUUUCUGGUUUUGGACCUCUUAUUUACGCUGGUUGCUUUGCCGCAACUUUGUCAUCUGCUCUGGCAAGUUUAGUCUCAGCUCCAAAAGUGUUUCAAGCUUUGUGUAAAGAUCAGUUGUAUCCUUACAUUACAUGGUUUGGAAGAGGAUAUGGAAAAAACAAUGAACCUGUUAGAGGAUAUGUGUUGACAUUUUUCAUUGCAAUAGCCUUUAUUCUUGUAGGAGAACUGAAUGCUAUAGCACCAUUGAUCUCCAACUUCUUUUUGGCAGCUUACGCUUUAAUAAACUUCAGUACAUUUCAUGCUUCACUUGCCAAACCUAUUGGGUGGAGGCCAAAAUUUAGGUACUACAACAUGUGGCUUAGCCUUCUGGGAGCUAUUCUGUGUGUGGGUGUCAUGUUUCUAAUUAGCUGGUGGACAGCGCUCAUAACACUUGCUUGUGUUAUGGCAUUGUACCUCAUAGUAUCAUAUCGAAGACCAGAAGUGAACUGGGGUUCUUCAACCCAAGCACAAACAUACAAGAAUGCCCUGCUUUCUGUACAGCAGCUGAACAAUGUUGAAGAACAUGUGAAGAAUUAUAGGCCUCAGAUAUUGGUACUAUCUGCGAUGCCCAGUCAUCGACCACCUCUGAUAGACUUCGCGUACCUUAUGACAAAAAAUUUGUCUCUACUGAUGUGUGGUCAUAUCAUUCAGGAUGCCUUGAGUCAAAGAGUGCGUAAUGUGUUGACGUACAAAGCUCAUAAUUGGUUAAAAUCACAUAAAAUAAAAGCCUUCUACACACACAUUGAUGAAGUGAAGUUUGAAGAGGGAGCAAAAGCUUUACUGCAAUCUUCUGGAGUUGGGAAGCUGAAACCCAACAUCCUAUUGAUGGGUUAUAAGGCUGAUUGGACAGAAUGUGAUAGAAAUGAACUAGUGAUGUAUUUUAAUGUGAUACACAAGGCACUGGACAUGUACAUUGCAGUAGCCAUACUACGACUACAGGGUGGCUUAGAUUACUCAAAAGUGGUGGCUGAUGAAGAGGAUUUGUUGAAGAUGGCCAAUGGUGUAAAUUCAGAGAAAGGUGUAUCGAUAGUGCGUCAGAAUUCCCAAGAAAGUCUUCCUCGAAAUCAGUCUUUCCCUCAGAUUUCACAAGAUCUGUACAAAUUUAUCAGUGUAGGAAUUCGUCAGAUAACAAAGUCAAGGGCAAGCAGUGCAAGUGACUUGUCUGUACCGCCAACACCCAAUCUGAAGAAGGGAAAAAUAAACACUAACCCUGAUGCCACAAAUGUUGGAGAUUCUUCAGUGGUAACAAUAGAUCACGAUGAUGAAAAUAAGAACAAAGCAGAAAGCGUGCGGGAAAAGAAGAAGAGAGAAUCAAAAGCUGAUCUUUACAGAGGUGCUGAUGGAAAUUCACUACCAAAAGAUGUGUUGAACAGUCUCACACAGUUUCAGAGGAACCAGAAGAAGGGCACAAUUGAUGUGUGGUGGCUGUAUGAUGAUGGAGGUCUCACUCUUCUACUGCCAUAUAUCAUUUCAACUCGAAGAAACUGGUCAGCAUGCAAGCUGAGAGUAUUUGCUUUAGCAAAUAAAAAGAGCGAACUUGAAUUUGAGCAGAGGAGCAUGGCAAGUUUGUUGGCAAAAUUUAGAAUUGAUUACUCUGAUUUAAAAGUAAUCCCAGAUAUAACCAAGAGGCCAAAGGACUCUACCAUUGCCUUCUUCGAAGACCUUAUCAGUAGUUUCAGAUUGCCUGAUAAUCAAGAGUGUGACAGUGGAGAUGGCAUUUCCAUUACUGAGGCAGAGCUUAUAGCGAUGACAGAUAAAACAAACAGGCAUCUUCGUCUACGGGAACUUGCGAUGGAAAACUCUCUCGAUGCUAACCUAGUUGUAAUGACUCUCCCAAUGCCGAGGAAAAAUGUGGUUUCUGCUGCACUGUACAUGGCAUGGUUGGAAGUACUUACCAGAGACAUGCCUCCAUUCCUGUUGGUCAGAGGAAAUCAGACCUCUGUGCUCACAUUUUACUCGUAGAAGUAUGCUGACAUUCCUUCUGUCUCUCUCAUGGACACAUCUUUCUGAAGAUUCAAGCUGAUUGCCCAAAAUAUUUGCAAGGCUCCUGGAUUAAUGAGAUAAAGUACUGAAAGUGAUGACAAUAUUUAUACUUUCAUUUACAUACAUUUUGGUGUCAGUCUUCCAUCAGUGACUCGAUUUUGUACUUGGGUAACAGUGAUGCUUAUGAAGGAGGCAACAGUAUUAAUUGUUGAAAUGUAACUUCUCUUGCUAUAAUUAGUACUACUUGUUGUUGUGGGAAUAUAUCUUUGAGUGUGGUUUAGUUAUGUGGUUGCCGUCCCUUAAGGGAUAACCACAUUAUCAUUUCUUAUGUAUGUGUAAUCAUUCCAGAUAGCAGGAUCUUUCAGCAUUUUUAAAAAUUUAGUUUUCAAAUUAGAUGAUAGGCAACAGUUACAUCAUAGGAUUUGAAAUCCUUCAUUUUAUAAAGGAAAAUAAAAAUGAAACUAUGGAUGAAAUAAUUAAUCUGUAAAAGAACGUAUUUAUUUUUGUAGGAAUGAAAACUGUGACACACGAAUCUCUGUAUGACUGAAAGUGUUACAGCAACCUAAUGUACAGCACAUGCCAUAAGAUAAAUGUAUACUUCUUACUUUAAACUUAUUUAUACAUUAUAAUUGCAAGUUAAUUAUGUUGCUACAUCAUAUUUGUAUGUUAGUAGAGAAGAUGUACAAAGACAAUAAUUUUAGAACAUUUUAGUAUAUAUGAGUAGCCUCAUCUUCAUUGUGUUGUGAGGUGAGGAUUUAAUGGAGAAAGUAUUCUGAAUAGUUUACAAAAUAUUAACUUUUGAGGUAACUGUUUACUAUAAACAGUAGAACACAGUAUUAUUUUUUCAUUUAUUAUUCCGAACAUAUAUAUAAAUGGUUCUGGCUAAUAUUGUCUCAAAGAAAUGUGAGCAGACUAACAUGUUACAUUGUAAUAUUCUUCCAUCCAUUUUCUUGCACAAUGUCAUUCACCGGUGAAUUUUAACCUGUGGAAUGACCAAAAGUAUUUUUAUACAAAUGUUUAAAAAUGCCUUAUCUUAAAACUAUUUAUACAUUGUUGUGUGAAUCAUUCAUAUUUUGUAUAAUUUUGAAUAUAAUCUCUCUGUAUUUAACUUAUGGAGUUAUCACUGAAAAUUAGUUGUCAUGUCUUCAAAAUUCCUGCUGUUGAUAUAUGCUCUUCUGGUGCAUUGUAAAAUCUACAAAGCUUUAAAAGAACAUUUUGUUAUCAUUAAUAGCAUUAUCAUUUAUGUGUUAUAGAACACUAAAACUGGUGAUGGAACUCAGUAUACUAAGCUUUAAAUGUUAUGAACAUGUUCACAAACUCAUAAGAUAAUUUGUGCAGGAUUUUAUCUAUAAUCCUGACAGAUUGCUGGGGGCACAGUAAGUGUCCAAUACAUUCCAAAUUUAUUCAUCACUUCAAGAAUAUCAUAGAUUGGUGUCUUACUAAUGAUAUUUUGUUAAGUAAUGAAAGAAGCAGUCGUAUGUUCAUCUAAAAACCACAAAUGGUGUGUAUUUAUCACAGUGAGUGCAUAACUAAUUGGUUAGAAUCAGAACCCUUAUCAUGUGAUAAGGGUAUUAAGUCUUAUGCUUUUUAUUAAACUGGAAAUCUUUCAGCUUAUAAAAUAGUAUAAUGUAUUUUCAAAUCCACAUUUACUUACACAUGCUGAAUGGAAGAGAAAAAGGUCAUUGUUGGUUGUGUGUGUGUGUGUGUGUGUGUGUGUGUGUGUGUGUGUGUGUGUGUGUGUGUGUGUGUGUGUGAAGCAACAUAUUAAAUGACAAAUAAAUUAUUUGCCAGCUUUUUGAUGAUUUAAGAUUUAUACUUGCUGAAUAAAACUCUGCAGCAUGUACAGAAGUAAUAAAGGUUGUAAUUUUUUACAGUUGUGUGCAUGUGAAUGUGCAAUUAAGUAUUCACUAUAGGCUGCAGACUUCCUUUUACUUGACAGUACAUAUAAUGAACACUGUAUUGAUAUAGUAACAUUGUUAUUCUUAAUUUUAUCCUUCUAGAGAGGUUAAUGUACUGUAACCAGCAGAAAAAAAUGUAAAUAUGCAGAAAAAGCAGACUGGUGCCAAGUAGUGUGUCAGUGAACUUCAUAAAAUGAAAGCAGAAAUGUAUAAGUUGAACUUUUGUUUUGUAAAUUUUCUGCAUUUGUCAGUUUAAUCUGUACUGUUAACAGAGUAUAAUAUAAGCUGUUGAUUUUCUAUGGUUAAUGUUCAAGGCAUCAUGAAUAAGUUUUAUGCUCCAUAUGAAAAAUUGAUUUUUAUAUUUUGACAUGUAUCAGGUUUAACAGGGGCAAAUCUGCUCCCGACAGUUUACUAUGUACACACACCUUUAUUGCUUGCUGACACCAUUCUCUUUCUUGUUUACCCUACAGUAUUUUGCUGUGAGUUGUAUACCUUUGAUUCAUCGAGCAGUUCACUUGAUGGAAAUGCCGUAAAGUUUUUCAAUUGCUUGUCAGUAAUACGUUAUAGAUUUUUUAUUUUUUUGACUUACAAAAUAAAUAUUUCCAUGUUUAAUACAGGAAGAGCUGUUAGUUGGUUACAGUUUUCAAACAGUGAUACAACUUACACUGAUUGAAAUUAAUUUGUAUAAAAUCAGCUGUAUGCACAAUGUGCACAACCUGAUAAAAUAUUUAUCAGUGGGAAAGAAGUGUCUUUCUUUCUUUGACAUUGAACAUAUUGAAAUAUGUAACAUUCUGAUAAUUAUCAUAACAUGAAGAGUAGUGAGAACUGGACGUGUAUUACCAAGAAUAUUUUGAUAAAAUGACAUUGUAUCAAUAUAUGCUUAAAAUACAUGAGUUGUGACCUGUAUGUUUACUAAUAAUUACAACAUACCAAUUUUUAUUGUU